GCGUGCGCUCUGCGUGCGCUCUGCGUCAAGUUAUGCGGAACUUGUUGCUCCUCCUCGGCGUGUUGUGUUGUGGCUUCCUACUUUGCUCAAACUUUGUGAAGCAGGUUCUCACGGAGGCUGCCGAGCGUUUUUUUUUCGGGUCUGACAGUUGAGGUGUGAGCGGUGAGGCGCCGAAAGUUACCGGUCAAACUCAGGAUGAAUGCAUGAAGCAGGAGAAGCUGAUCCCAAAUCAGUCCAAGGAUUAUAAUUAUGAAUUUAUUACAGCACUGUAGAUGGUCAGUUUGAUAUGAAGUGACUGUUACACUUUUUUAAAUACUUUUUUGUUUAAUUUUUGAGUGUUUUUUUUGUUUUUUUAUAUCGCGCGUCUUAAUUAAGAUGAAGUUUAACGGAUACCUGAAGCUCCGGAUCGGCGAGGCGGUGGACCUGAAGCCGACCACCUUCUCCCUCCGCCACUCUGUCAUCUUCAACAAAGCCGCUCCGGCUCUGGACCCUUACAUUGUGGUGAAGGUGGACGACUAUAAAAUAGGACAAACUCACACCAAGCAGAAAACCAACACGCCGACGUACAACGAGGAGUUUUGCCUCAACGUGAGCGAAGGUAAACAGAUCGAGAUGGCCGUUUUCCACGACACUCCAAUCGGAUACGAUGACUUUGUGGCCAACUGCAUCCUGCAGUUUGAGGACCUCAUCAAAACCUCCAACACGGGAGAGACCUUCGAGGGAUGGAUGGACUUGGAGCCAGAGGGCAAGGUUUAUGUCCAUAUUUCACUCACUGGAUCCUUCAUUGACGAUGACGCCAUUGUGAAAGAAAAGGCCUUCAAGCAGUUUACAAGAAAGCGGCAGGGGGCCGUGAGACGGAGGAUCCACCAGGUCAACGGACACAAGUUCAUGUCCACUUUCCUCCGCCAGCCCACCUUCUGUUUUCACUGUAAAGAGUUCAUCUGGGGUGUUUUUGGAAAGCAGGGCUACCAGUGCCAGGUGUGUACCUGUGUGGUUCACAAACGAUGCCACCAGCAGGUCGUCACUGUGUGUCCACGCAUGAAGAAGUCAACCAAAGAGCAGCCCGUAACCCAAGGCUUCAGCAUUAACGUCCCUCACAAGUUCAACAUCCACAACUACAAGUCACCGACUUUCUGCGACCACUGUGGCUCGCUGCUGUGGGGAAUAGUCAGGCAGGGGCUGCACUGUAAAAUCUGUAAAAUGAACGUUCACAUCCGCUGCAGAGGCAACGUCGCUCCCAGCUGUGGGGUCAACAGUGUGGAACUGGCCAAUACGCUUGCUGCAAUGGGUCUGCAGGCUGGAGGAAUCUCUAAACGCAACUCAAUGGCCAGAAAUGCAAGUCAGAUUAGGGCGCCCUCUGAAACGAGGCAGAGUACAGAAAGUAAGCAGCAGCGAAUCCCUCAUCUGGGCCUCUCAGACUUCACAUUUCUUCAAGUCCUUGGCAAGGGCAGCUUUGGCAAGGUGAUGCUGGCAAAACUUAACGACAGAGAUCGAGUUUUCGCUGUCAAGGUGCUGAAGAAGGACAUCAUCUUGCAGGAUGAUGAUGUGGAGUGUACCAUGACUGAAAAGAGGGUGCUGUCUUUGGCACGCUGUCACCCUUACCUCACACAGUUGUACUGCUGCUUCCAAACACCGGACCGUCUCUUCUUCGUGAUGGAGUUUGUGAAUGGCGGCGACCUUAUGUUCCACAUCCAGAAGUCCAGGAAGUUUGAAGAGCCGAGAGCACGUUUCUACACGGCAGAGAUCACCUCGGCUCUAAUGUUCCUGCACAGCAAAGGCAUUCUCUACAGGGAUCUAAAGUUGGACAAUGUUCUUCUUGACAAAGACGGUCACUGUAAGCUGGCAGACUUUGGCAUGUGCAAAGAGGGCAUAUUUGAAGGUGCGGCCACAGGAACUUUCUGUGGGACCCCAGAUUACAUCGCUCCUGAGAUCCUGCAGGAAAUGUUAUAUGGGCCCUCUGUUGAUUGGUGGGCCCUCGGGGUGCUGCUGUAUGAGAUGCUGUCAGGACACGCCCCGUUUGAGGCUGAAAAUGAAGAUGACCUCUUUGAGUCCAUCCUAAAUGAAGAGAUCGUUUAUGCGUCUUGGCUGAGCACAGAGGCGGUGAACAUACUCAAAGCUUUCUUGACGAAAAACCCGGCCCGGCGUCUGGGCUGCGUGGCCUCAGAGGGGGGAGAGAGUGCCGUGAUCAGCCACCCCUUUUUCACUGGCAUCGAUUGGGAGAAGCUGAAUCGUAGAGAAAUUGAGCCACCGUUCAAGCCCAGGAUCAAAACUCCGGAGGACGUCAACAACUUUGACCCAGAUUUUACUCAGGAAGAGCCAACCCUCACGCCCAUCGAUGACCCUAUGAUCCCAUCCAUCAACCAGGAGGAGUUUCAUAACUUCUCCUUCACUUCGCCUGAACUGCUGGAGAGCUAAGACUCUCCCUGUUGAUCACCAGUCAUCUUGCACUUGUCCGACUCUCUUCUCAGUGUGUAUGGUUUCGUCUAAGACAGUUCCCAGUGUACGUACAGUAUGAGGCUGUCACAUUCCCCAGAGACAUGAGGGUGCAAAGUGCUGAGGAGUCAGCUGGACACACGCUCGACGAGAAACAGGGCUGCACCUGAUGAAUUCUUAAGCACUCCUGUGAUUCCAGAAAAAAGUGGCGUAUGAUCGUCUUUUGAAAUGACAUUUAGUUUUAACUGUGCUGGGACACAUUUAUGCAACUAUCUGUGCAGAAAUUGUGAUUUUGACAUGUUGAUGUGUUGCACACUUGUCUGCCAAAAAAGUGUAUAACGUCAGAAUUUAAUUGUACAUUUGCUCUCCUAUGGAAUGAUGAAUUUGCUUCCAGUUACUAUAGUCUGUGUUUGAAAUUUUUGUUUCAGCACUGUACGGAGAAAGGAAGAACCCAAGAGUCAGUUUUAACCAGUCUGCUAGAGAUUCCCAGAAACGUUGAACUGCCAGUUAAAAUCUUGGAAGGACUGCGUAAGCAGAUGAAAUACUUUCUCAAUGAUGUGACCCUUCUCUGGAAAAGACCCAAAUAAUCAUAGACCCACGACUCUCUGGCUAAAUGAGACUUGAAACCCUAAACUUUCAAAAUAAAAGGAUAAAACGUAAAUGAGGCUUGAGAAAGAGCAGUGUGUGUCCUGCUCAACUUAACAUAAAAAACAU